UCCUCCAACUUGCAGGGGCGACGUCGUGGGUGGUUCUAACGAACGGCCAGCCGGGUGGAGAAAAGCUUGGGGUUCUGGGGUUUGAGGAGCCCUGGGACCUCCUUCUGAUCCUGACCCCCAGCAGCCCAAGCCUCCCGUGGGGUGGUCUAGGCGCAGCUGGAAUGCGCAGACCCCCCGGAACGCAGCUCUCCCCGGAGCGCGGGGGCGUCCUUGGAAAGUCCCAGGCCAACGACUCCUGCAGCCAUGUGCCCCUCGGGUAUCUUGGGGUUCGGCUACUCACGGCCAAACUCUGGGUCCCACCAGCACCGAGUGUGCGCGAGUAGCAGAUGGUCGAGCUGGACCUUCCUCCAAAAGGAGGCAAGAUGGCAGCUGGGCCAAAUGGGCACGAGGAGUUGGUGGGCAGCGCAUACCUGUUUGUGGAGUCCUCGCUGGACAAGGUGGUCCUGUCGGAUGCCUACGCUCACCCCCAGCAGAAGGUGGCUGUGUACAGGGCUCUGCGGGCUGCACUGGCAGAGAGCGGCGGGAGCCCGGAGGUGCUGCAGAUGCUCAAGAUCCACCGCAGCGACGCGCAGCUGAUCGUGCAGGUGCGGCUGUGCGGGCGCCAGCCCUGCGGCCGCUUCCUCCGCGCCUACCGCGAGGGGGCGCUGCGCGCCGCGCUGCAGCGGUGCCUGGCGGAGGCGCUGGCGCUGCCCUCGCUGCCCCUGCGGCUGGAGCUGCGCGCGGGCGCCGAGACGCUGGACGCCUUGCUGCUCGAGGAGGAGCGCUGCCUGAAUUGCAUCUUUGGCCAGAAGCCGGAUCGGCUCCGGGACGAGGAACUCCUUGAGCUGGAAGAUGCCCUUCGCAAGCUGUCGUGCGUCUCGGGGGGUCAGGUCGCUCCCGCCCCCUCGAAGCCCCUGACCCCCUCCCCGUCGGAGGAGAAGCGGCUGCCACCGCCCGCUGACCAGACUUUUCUGUUCCAGGGUCAGCCCAUAGUGAACCGGCCGCUGAGCCUGCAGGACCAGCAGAAGUUCGCAAGCUCAGUGGGCCUCAAAUGGCGCAAGGUGGGGCGCUCCCUGCAGCGCAGCUGUCGCGCGCUGCGGGACCCGGCGCUGGACUCCCUGGCCUACGAGUACGAGCGCGACGGGCUGUACGAGCAGGCCUUCCAGCUGCUGCGGCGCUUCGUCCAGGCCGAGGGCCGCCGAGCGACGCUGCAGCGCCUGGUGGAGGCGCUUGAGGAGAACGAGCUCACCAGCCUGGCGGAGGACUUGUUGGGUCUGGCAGAUCCGGACGGCAGCCCGGCCUAGGCUGUAUAAAGGACGGGGUGGCCAGCCAGUUGCCCGGCGUUUGGAGCAUCUGUAUGAUGGUGGAACAUGGGUCCCUUCUGCUGCUACUGCUGACCUGUCCAUCCACCAGUCUCUGGGCCCACACUGACCCCCCACUUACCUGAUCUGCUGGAGCUCCUGGGCAGUUGCUCAUGUUCCCCAGGAGUCGGACAGACACCCACCGGAUCUGCUGGGGGCUCCACUGGGCCAGCCCCGGAUACUUUAAUAGAGACGGAGAACCCAGGGGACGUGUGGCAUAUUGGCCUCACCCUCUCACCUGAGGGGAGGGGCUCCUGCCAGCCCUUACCUCGCAUAAUUGAAGAUUUCUCAUUAAGCACCUGCUGGGCGUAAGCAUUUGCCCCCAGUUCAGAUGGUGUGGGACCUCAGACAUUAAACAACAGUAAUAAAAUAUUAUGGUUUUUGAUGUGAAAAAUAUAAGAAGUCGGAAGCAAUGAGUAGGGGCCUCCCUCAGGCUCGGGGUCAGGCUUCCUGGGCAAGGUGGAAGUGUGACUGGGGAGUGGGUGAAUUUUCUUUGCACGGCAAGCCUCAGGUGAGGUCUGGC